CAGAGCAGAAUAAAAGCAUGAGUUUGGUGCGUUUCAAGCUAUGUUUGACCACAUGGCUUCCCUAAAGCUAAGUGUUGCCAUCCUCCUGGCUGUUUCCACCUGCUCCUGGGCCACAGAGAAGGAACUGUCCGUCUCUGAGCUCCUGUGGAAGGCCAACAAGGAUGUCGUUCAUACAGAAGACGAGCCAUUUGUGGUGGAUGACAUUGCCUAUGUCAGUAAAUCUGACAGGAACGCUGACCAGUGCACAUCCAGCAGCUGCUUAUGGCCCAAAUCUGCUGAUGGAAGGGUGUACAUACCCUAUGUGAUUGCUAAUCAUUUUUCUUCUAGUGAACUCCAAGUCAUUGAGCGGGGCCUGCAGUCUUUUUCUGAGGUUUCCUGCAUCCGAUUUAUCCCUUAUUCUGGCCAGAGAGACUAUGUUCACAUUCAGUCACAAAAUGGCUGUUACUCCUACGUUGGACGCAUCGGUUAUGGCCAGACGCUGUCAUUGGACCGCCAGGGCUGCAUCUACCACAGCACAGUUCAACAUGAAUUGCUUCACGCCCUUGGCUUCAACCACGAACAAUGUCGUUCUGACAGGGACCAACACAUCCGAGUUCUGUGGGAGAACAUCCAGUCCGGUCUGGAGUACGCCUUUGAUAAACUCAACACUUUGAACCUGGACACUCCCUACGACUACAACUCUGUCAUGCAGUACCACAGAUAUGCCUUCUCUGCAAACAACAGGCCCACCAUGGAGCCCUAUCCUGAUCCUAAUGUUCCUUUUGGCACAGCCACUCAGAUGAGCAACAAUGAUAUCACCAGACUGAACAGGCUGUACAAAUGUUGAACUGUGAUGGAUGGCUCCAGGCAUUCUUUGUUGAGCCCAUUGAACAUUUUUGAUUCAACCUACUCUCACUAACAAUAAACCAAUGAAUUUUUGAGCCAAAA